UUGUUUUGCGCAGAAGAACUACACCUUUCCAACACUUCAAAGCAACGCCGGAAAAAUGACUACCCCAAUCACGCGAGUAACAAUGGUCAAGAUCCCUGAAGACAAAAUAGACAUCGCGCUCCAAGGAUUCGAGGUAUUCGUUAAGAACCAGCAAAAGGACGGCAAACCAUAUAUCCUGUCCAUGCAAGCUGGGCGCACAAGUGCACAUGUAAAGAUUGAUCAGGGGUAUACGUUGGUUGGGAAAACGGUGUUUAAGAGUAUGGAGGAUGUCGAGUAUUAUAUUGAUGGAUGUGAGGCGCACCAGGCGUUUAAGGUGUACUUGAAGGAGAAUGCGACGCCGGAGGGGUUGAUGAGUAUUUGUUUUACGCCGGAGGUUAGUUGGGAGAUGGAGAAAGCUUCAUGA